AUGCCUCAUGAUCCAUCCUAUCCUACCCGUUGGCUCGAAUGUUCUAAAUUGUCAGCCAAAACUGCUGUGCCAUCAAACCAACUAAAUUUAGCGCGCACAUCUAUCGUUUCACCACCCACCGCAUUCCGUGCCAGCCCCUUCUGCACACCUAGAAAGCAAACAGACGCACAAAUCGAAGCGUCUUCUUCCGCCGAACACAUGCACGUCUGGGGCUAUGCUAGAUUCGAACAGCACGUGUUCGAACAGCUCACGUGA